UUGCAUAAAAAUGGAGGAUCUAAAUAGAAGUGAUUUCAAAAAGCAAACAAAAAGAUCCAGAAUCCCCACCCCGCCGUGCUUCUCUCUCUGAAAAAAUCUCUCUCACUGCGUAAUCAGUUCAGUUUCAGGAGAGAAGAAAUGGAAAAUGGCUACGAAGAAGAAGAAAGAGAGGUUGAUCCGGCCAAGCCGCCAUCAUUGACCUGGAACCGUAAGCUCGAUUUCACCGGAAAAUGUCCCGCGCAGUUCGCUCUCACGCUCCACGACAUUUGGCAUCUGGGCUCGUUGGGCUUCCGAUUGUGGCGUAACGGCAAGGAAGAAGCCGCCAAAGGAAGAAUUCCGAUUUUUGAUUUCUUUGCGACUCAACCAAUCACGUGUCACCACGGCGUUCCGUUAGGUGGAAUAGGUGCAGGAAGCAUUGGGCGGAGUUACAGAGGAGAGUUUCAACGUUUUCAAAUGUUCUAUGGACCGAGUGAAGAUCAACCAGUUUUAGCAAAUCAAUUCUCUGUAUUUGUUUCACGCCCAAAUGGCAAAAGAUUCUCGACGGUACUAUGCUCUGCCAAAGCCAAACCACAAGAAUCCAAAGAUGGAAAGCACGACGGCAUAGAAUCAUGGGAUUGGAAUUUGAGUGGUGAAAAUUGUACAUACCAUGCUUUGUUUCCCAGGGCUUGGACAAUCUAUGAUGGCCAACCGGACCCGGAUCUUAGAAUUGUUUGCCGUCAAAUUUCGCCAUUUCUUCCUAACAAUUACAAGGAGAGCAGUUUCCCAGUCUCAGUGUUUACAUACAAUCUAUCCAAUGAAGGUGAAACUUCUGCAGAAGUCACUUUGCUGUUUACUUGGGCUAACUCAGUGGGUGGAAACUCUGGACUCUCUGGCCAUCACUACAACUCAAAGAUUGGGGUAGAGGAUGGAGCUCGCGGAGUUCUUUUACACCACAAAACUGCAAAUGGACGUCCGACAGUUAGGUACGCUAUUGCGGCAGAGGCUACGGAUGAUAUUGACGUCUCCGUCUGUCCUUGCUUUGUAAUAUCUGGUGACUCCGAGGGCAUUUCAGCAAAGGAUAUGUGGCAACAAAUUAAAAAUCAUGGGUCUUUUGACAACCUUGGCAGCGUUGGAGGAUCUGAUUCUGAGGUUUCAAAACGAGGAUCUUGCAUUGGAGCAGCCAUUGCAGCCACCUUGACCGUCCCUUCUGCAUCUGCCCGUACGGUCACUUUCUCAUUGGCGUGGGACUGCCCUGAAGUGAAAUUCAGUGGAAAGACGUACCACAGGCAAUAUACCAGAUUCUAUGGAAGUCUUGGAGAUGCGGCUGCAAUUAUGGCACGGAAUGCCAUUUCGGAACAUGGAAAGUGGGAAUCCAAGAUUGAGGAAUGGCAAAGGCCAAUUGUUGAAGACAAAAGUUUUCCUGAAUGGUACCCUGUUGCCCUCUUCAAUGAGCUAUACUUCCUAAAUGCUGGAGGAACAAUUUGGACAGACGGAUUAUCUCCGCUCCAAAAUCUAUCGACCAUUGCCAACGGCGAUCAGAAGUACUUCCUCGAAAAGUCGAGAUCGGAGCCCAAUGGAGCACCGAACGGCGACCACCGAAACGACGUCGCCGUCGAUAUUCUCGAGCGAAUGUCUCAAAUCUUCGAGCAAAUCCGCGGCGGCGACGGACCCUCCAGCGCCGCAUUCGGAACCCGACUGCUUCAUCCCGGCGACGAAAACGUCGGCCAGUUACUGUGUGUCGAAGGAAGCCAAUACCUUAUGUGGAACACUUACGAUGUUCAUUUCUACUCAUCUUUUGCUCUUCUGACGCUUUUCCCCAAACUGGAACUCAGUAUUCAGAGAGAUUUCGCUGCCGCUGUGUUGAUGCACGAUCCGAGGAAAGCGAAGAUUAUGUGUGACGGGAAUUGGGUUCCUCGGAAAGUUCUCGGCGCUGUUCCUCAUGAUAUUGGGUUCAACGAUCCUUGGUUUGAACUUAAUGCUUACAAUCUUCUGAACACCACCAGAUGGAAAGAUCUGAGUUCGAAAUUCGUUCUUCAGGUUUACAGAGAUGUGGUUACUACUGGGGACAAAAAUUUUGCGAAGUCUGUUUGGCCUUCAGUGUAUGUGGCCAUGGCUUUUAUGGAGCAGUUCGAUAGGGAUGGAGAUGGGAUGAUUGAGAAUGAUGGGUCUCCUGAUCAGACUUAUGAUUUGUGGACUGUGAAGGGUGUGAGUGCGUACUGCGGGGGGCUGUGGGUGGCUGCUCUUCAGGCGGCUUCCGCGUUGGCUUCUGAAGUUGAUGAUGAAGCGAUUGCUGAUUACUUUUGGGUUAAGUACCUGAAGGCGAGAGAUGUUUAUGAUACGUUAUGGAAUGGCUCCUACUUCAACUAUGACAACAGUGGGGGGCCUUGGAGUUCAUCUAUUCAAGCUGACCAACUGGCUGGGCAAUGGUAUGCUAGAGCAUGUGGGCUCUCUCCUAUUGCCGAUGAAGAGAAGAUAAGGAGUGCGCUUGAGAAGAUUUACAAUUUCAAUGUGUUGAAGGUGAAGGGAGGAACGCGUGGGGCAGUGAAUGGAAUGUUUCCAGAUGGAAGGGUUGAUACAUCCUCAAUGCAGCCGAAGGAGAUAUGGACUGGAGUUACAUACUCUGUUGCUGCCUCUAUGAUUCAAGAAGGAAUGGUUGAAACAGGGUUCCAGACUGCAAUGGGCAUCCAUCAAACGGCUUGGGCCCAAGAUGGCCUCGGGUAUUCAUUUCAAACCCCAGAAGCGUGGGACGUUGAUGACAAGUACAGAUCUAUUGGGUACAUGAGGCCAUUGGCCAUUUGGGCAAUGCAGUGGGCAUUAUCUAAGCCUACCCUUUUGAAGCAGCACCACAAAAUUCCAACCAAAGCGCUUUCUGAAAUUGAAUUUGCCACACAACAUACUGCUUUCUUGAAAGUUGCUUCUCUCUUGAAGUUGCCUCCAGAGGAAGCAGCACACAACAAGAGUCUUGUGGAGUUUGCUUAUGAUUUGAUUUGCAAGAGGUCAGUCUAAUCAAAUCUCUCUGCUUAUGAUUUGGAAUGGCUGAUUGUCUUAUGUGUUCUGUAUCUUCUUUAAAUUAAAUUGCACAAAGCAUAGUUUUUUUCUCUUUUUCUGCUGAGUAAGAGAAAGCAUUGUCUUGUUGUAAGAAUAAGUUUGUAUGUUCAAUGUCGGCUAAAUUUAUCUUGUAUCUAAUGCUUCUUCUGUCCUUUUUCAGUUCUGUUUAUCAAGAUUUGUAAUUAGGUCCUAAUGAUGAUUUGGUAUGAAGAUAAAUUUGAUGA